AAAAAAAAAAAAACCUUUGAAAGACAAAUGCAUUGUGUGCUUCCUGCCAAUAAGUACGUACUACUUCCUCGUCAUUAAUGAAAAAUAGCAUCACUUUCAAAGUUCUGUAGACACUGAAAAGAAAGAAAACACUCAAAUGAGUCACCUAUUGCCACAUUCAGGGCUGAGAAGCUAUAUAAAUAUCUCCAGCCUCUAACAGAAAACACUACACCGUCAUAAGCCCGGGAACAAUAGUCCCUUGAUGCAGCUAUGUGGCUUGUGGCGCUGAGCCCCGUGUGUCUGCUGUACAGCAGCCUGGCCCUGCCGCUGCCCUGGGAGGCGGGAGGCACGAGUGGGCAGCAGUGGACACUGGCUCAGGACUAUCUCAAGAGAUUUUAUUCACGUGAUUCCAAAUCAAGAGAUGACAACAGUUUAGAAGCCAAACUCAGGGAGAUGCAAAAGUUCUUUGGCCUGCCUGUAACUGGACUAUUAAGCUCCCAUGUCACAGAAAUAAUGCGAAAGCCCAGAUGUGGAGUGCCAGAUGUUUUAGGAUACUCACUAUUCCCAAAUAGCCCAAAAUGGACUUCCAAAGUAGUCACCUACAGGGUCCUAUCAUAUACUCAAGACUUACCACGUGUCACAGUGGAUUCAUUAGUGGCAAAGGCCUUAAACAUGUGGAGCAAAGAGAUUCCACUAAGGUUCAAGAGAGUUAGGUGGGGAACGGCUGAUAUCAGGAUUGGCUUUGCCAGAGGAGCUCAUGGGGACUAUAACCCAUUCGAUGGACCUGGAAAUACACUGGCUCAUGCCUUUGCACCUGGGCCCGACCUAGGAGGAGAUGCUCACUUUGAUGAGGAUGAAAGCUGGACUGAUGGCAGCAAGAUCGGAAUUAACUUCCUGUACACUGCAACUCAUGAACUUGGUCAUUCUUUGGGGCUGGACCAUUCAUCGGAUCCUAGUGCUGUGAUGUAUCCAACAUAUGGAAAUGAAGAUCCCAAGAAUUUCAAACUUUCACAGGAUGAUAUCAAAGGCAUUCAGAAACUAUAUGGUAAUGCUUGUAACUUCAAAUAA